UCAGUAUAAAAUUAAACACGAAAGCGAACGAACGAAGAAGUUGAGCGGUGAAAACCUCUCGAGUUAUUACGACGUAUUUCUUAUAUCAAGAAGUUAUUGAAAUUAAUUAAAAUGCCAGCUGUAGGAAUCGAUCUUGGAACAACUUAUUCAUGUGUGGGAGUUUACCAGCACGGAAAUGUGGAGAUCAUCGCGAACGACCAGGGCAACCGGACCACCCCGUCCUACGUCGCGUUCACGGACACCGAGCGACUCAUCGGCGAUGCUGCGAAGAACCAAGUCGCGCUCAACCCCAACAACACGGUGUUCGACGCCAAACGACUUAUUGGACGCAAAUUCGACGACCCGAAGAUACAGGCGGACAUGAAACACUGGCCGUUCAAAGUCAUCAGCGAUUUUGGGAAGCCAAAGAUUCAGGUUGAAUUCAAAGGGGAGACGAAGAGGUUCGCGCCCGAGGAAAUCAGCAGCAUGGUUUUGACGAAGAUGAAGGAGACAGCAGAAGCCUAUUUGGGCUCAACGGUGCGGGACGCCGUCAUCACAGUCCCGGCUUAUUUCAACGAUUCACAAAGGCAAGCUACAAAGGACGCGGGCGCUAUUGCAGGUUUGAAUGUUUUGAGAAUUAUCAAUGAACCUACCGCCGCUGCGCUCGCUUAUGGUUUGGACAAGAACUUGAAAGGAGAGCGCAAUGUUCUUAUUUUCGAUCUCGGCGGAGGCACUUUCGACGUUUCCAUCCUUACCAUCGACGAGGGAUCGCUGUUUGAAGUGAAAGCGACUGCCGGCGACACCCAUCUUGGAGGCGAGGACUUUGACAACAGGCUCGUGAACCAUCUGGCCGACGAGUUCAAGCGCAAAUACAAGAAGGAUUUGCGAGGUAACACUAGAGCACUGCGUCGCUUGCGGACGGCCGCCGAACGAGCUAAGCGCACCCUUUCAUCUAGCACAGAAGCGACAAUAGAGAUAGAUGCGCUGUACGAAGGCAUUGACUAUUACACUCACAUUUCUAGAGCGCGUUUCGAAGAGCUCAACUCUGACCUGUUCAGAGGUACUCUAGAGCCGGUCGAGAAAGCUCUACGCGACGCGAAAUUGGACAAGAGCCAAAUCCAUGACGUAGUACUCGUUGGCGGCUCGACUCGCAUACCGAAGAUCCAGAGCCUCCUACAGAACUUCUUCAACGGCAAGCAGUUGAACCUCUCCAUCAACCCCGACGAGGCUGUGGCUUAUGGUGCGGCAGUCCAAGCGGCUAUUCUAACCGGGUCCAACGAUUCUAAAAUCCAAGAUGUUCUGUUGGUCGACGUAGCGCCAUUAUCACUCGGCAUCGAGACAGCCGGCGGCGUCAUGACUAAAAUCAUCGAACGCAACUCCAAAAUCCCAACCAAGCAAUCUCAGACCUUCACAACUUAUUCUGACAACCAGCCAGCUGUCACUAUCCAAGUUUACGAAGGCGAGCGUGCUAUGACUAAAGACAACAACCUAUUGGGAACCUUCGACUUAACUGGAAUUCCACCGGCACCUAGAGGCGUUCCUAAAAUUGAUGUCACCUUCGACAUCGACGCUAAUGGCAUCUUGAACGUUUCUGCAAAAGAGAACAGCACGGGGCGCAGCAAGAACAUCGUUAUCAAGAACGACAAAGGUCGUCUGUCUCAAGCGGACAUCGACAGAAUGCUAGCGGAGGCGGAACGCUACAAAGACGAAGACGAGAAGCAAAGGAAGCGAGUAGCAGCCAGGAACCAACUGGAAGCGUACGUCUUCAGUGUGAAGCAAGCGUUGGAUGACGCUGGAGACAAACUAAGUGAGCAGGACAAGAAUACAGCUCGCAGCGAGUGCGAAGAGACGCUUCGAUGGCUGGAUAACAACUCCCUAGCCGAAGUCGAUGAGUACGAGCAUAAGCUAAAAGAGGUGCAGAGGGUAUGCUCGCCAGUUAUGACCAAGAUGCACGGUGGCAACCAAGAAGGUAUGCCCGGCGGUAUGCCAGGAGGCAUGGGAGGUAACCCAGGAGGCAUGGGAGGCAGGAACGACGGACCCACCAUCGAAGAAGUGGACUAAACAUCAAAUAUAAACCAAUCAGGAUUUUAAGUCAUGGAUUGUGGGCCUAAAAGCAGAAUCGAAGGCCCCCAUAAUCGAGGUUGACAUCUAUUUCAAUUUUCAAAUUUAUUUUAUUCCAUCCUAAAUCCAGAACAUUCCGUUCAGACAAGACAGUUACUUAUGAAUAAAUGGAUUUUGAGUUCCAAACUUAAA